CUGACGUGAGAAGCAAUGUCUUGGACAAUGAGGAACCAACAAACAUCGCUCCUAGCCUUGACAAUGAGGGUGAGGAAGGGGUCGGUACGUGUAAGGCCACUGACGUCGAUCUUCAUCAUGAUCAGGAAUCCUACGACAUGGCCUUACUAGCGCUGGAUCAGGGGAGAGACACUCAAGUCUUGGACGGCGGGCGUGAAUGCUACAAUGACGGAGACGUGGUGGCGUUCUCAGAAACAGAAAAUGCAGUGACCCAAAUUACAAACCCAAGUCAAGUGAGCGGUCAAGGCAACAAGGUGAUCAACAUUGGACCCAAUUCCACUGUCACUAUCUUCCACGGAACAUCCGAUGAACCUAACACAGUUCCCGGCAUUGACAGUGCCCCUGAGGAUUUCCCCCUCGCUGAAUGUCAAGAUUCACUUAAGUCAUAUUUCAAGACAAGACUGAGUUACCUUCAACCACUAGCGUGGAAUGAAGAGGUUGAGAUUAAGAUUGAAGACAUCUUCACGACUGUAGACCUCGUGACGCGAACACAACAGGGAGGAAACAUUAAACGGCGCGCCCUCCCCUCUACUGUCGACGCCUUGACUGCCAGGCCCGAUUGUCCCCAGCCCCGGCGCAUUUUGAUCGAAGGUAACGCAGGGAUAGGGAAGACGACCGAAGUUUCCAAACUCGCGCUUGACUGGGCCGAGGGGCGUUCUUCUGUACUGGAGAAGUAUGAUCUGGUUUUCCCGAUCGCACUGCGGAAGGUUGGCGAGUCCCAGUCCCUCACAAACUGUAUCUUCGACCAACUCCUGCCAGAAGACGUGCCGUUCCAAGAGUCGGACUUAGAAACGUACUUGAAGGGGAAUGACCGAGUUUUGAUCAUUCUCGAUGGCUUCGACGAGUGGGUUAUACAUGAAGGGCAUGACGUCACCAAACUUCUGACUGGUAAGAUUUUCCGCGACUGUUGCCUGUUGGUGACCACCAGACCUUCCCACACCUCUCAGCUCCAUCGUCUGAUGCGCGCAUAUAUGCGUCCAGAUACACAGGUGGAGAUCACAGGGUUCAGUCAGGACAACAUCCGCACUUACGUCCACAGGUUCUUCACGGGAGACGAGGCCAAGGCAGCAGCCUUAGUCAGCAAAAUGGAUUCCUCCCUAAUCCCCACAGGCAUUCUGGCAACACCAAUACUGCUUUUGUUGACCUGUAUGAUGUGGGAAGAGAAGCAGGAUUUGGUGUUUGGAGGUCGAAUCUUUCCCCUUUAUGAUGAGCUAGUUUCCUUCACCAUAAGGCGACAUUGCGUUAGGAACAACGUUGGUUCUGACAAAGGUAUUCCUGACAGCAUCAGAGACGCAUUCUUGUGUGCCGGGGCUCUUGCUUUCAAUGGCUUGAUAGAGAAUAGGCUAGUAUAUAGCAAAGACGAUGUGGUUAAGUAUUGUGGUGAAGAUAGUUUGCAGGAGCUUGUGUUGUUGGGGAUCCUUCAUAGACAACAAAGUCCCUCCAGACUCAACCCUUCUGACCAGUUUUCCUUUUCCCACAAAACGAUGCAGGAGUAUUUCGCAGGGUUGCAUUUCGCAAAAAGGCUUCAGGACGAGACAACAGAAAAGUCCAUUCUGAACACGUACCUAAAAACGGCUCAAAGUGUGCGGGACUUGGAAAACAUGGUCAUUUUUGCCUGUGCGAAGUUAGGACCUGAAGCAGAUGUUAUAUUGUCUCAUUUUGUGAAAAUCUACCAAGAGGAAGUAGAACAUUCGUCCAGUGGUAGGCGUCCACCCUUUUCGUACUUUUCGCAUUCUGAGUAUUCUAAAUGUCGGGUUGCGGGGAAUGAAGAAGAGUUUUUGAGUCCUUUUCAGUUGGCUUUCUUUCGCUACCAGACAUACAUGGAGAUCGCAUUGUUGUGCUUCUAUGAGAGCGGUUGUCUCUCACGGGUAGAGAACAUCUUUCUAGCCAAAGGUGUUAUUCAGUUUUCAUAUGCAGGCCCUCGUGUCUACAACGCCUUGGAACAUGUUUUGAACGAGAUUCCACCUCGAUCCCUUAGAAGUAUAAAAUCGCUAAGGUUGGUCAAUACUACGCAAUGCUUUGUCAGUCCUGUCAUUGACUACCUGAAGAUGAUGAGUUUGUCUGAGUUGGACCUUUGUGAUGCUUGUCUUGGAGGUCAUGACCCCAAUACAGGACCUUGUGCCCGCCUGGCACAACAGCUGCCUUACCUAACAAGUUUGAGGAAGCUUGUGCUGUCUUUGAACAAUCUUCUCUGCUCAGACCUACGUGUGUUAUUGCCUCCCUUGAAGAUGUUGGUGGACCUUGAAGAGUUGGAUCUCGCUGGUAAUUUUGAAUUAGAAGGUUGUGGAAAGGAAAUCUCAGAACUGCCAUGCUCCUUAAGGAACCUCAAAGUCCUGAAAGUGCAUUUAUGCGGACUUAGCCUGGAGGAUGGUCUACAAAUAGCUACUGCAGUGGUGCAGUACUGCCCAAAGAUGAAGGAUUUUUACUGGUACUGCAAUGUGACAGAUCAGAUGGACGAAAGGGAAGUUUGGGAUGCUCUCAGUGGCUUAAAGUCAUGACCUACAGGAGAGAGUACUAGAAAAUCCUGUCAGGAAUCAGUUACUCAUGGUGGGCCCGGAGCUCCCUCCUCAUCAGGCUCAUACACACCAUUCAUUAGUACAGCACCAGACAUGCUCAAGGCAAACUCCAAGCACUAACCAAGGACGUUCUAUAACGUCCUGGCACUAAAUUCAGUCUUUCACUUUAUGUUUUCUGCGGCUGAAUAGGCUGUUUUCACUUAUGGAUAUUUGAGUUACAAAUCUUGUAGUUAUUUGGGGUGACAGAUGUUAAAGUCAAGGUCCUCAUCUACUUCGGUGGAUGAACAUUAUAAUUAUCGUAUGAGUUAUGGAAUACCCUUACCAUUUUUGCCAUGUCAUUUCUGUAACAGAAGACGAGAACUCAAACAAACCAAAGACAAACUUAAUAGUUCUUGCUGUCGUAAAUAGUAUGUUUGUUGACAAAAAAUCACAAACCUUUUAGCUGAGGUUUUGAUCAGACAUGCAAUGCAAUGAUACUGGGAUAAAAACCUGUCAAUAGCUAGUCUACAUAUAGUGGAAAAACUAAACUUUACUUAACCAACACCAAGUUUGAUUGGGACUUACCCCAAAUGUUGGCGUAGUCUACAUAUACAUAGUGACUUUGUAUAAGAAUAGGACUGUAUGUAAAGGUUUACACAGUUUGACUGUAAAGAUAACCCUUGGUAACUUUUCACUGGAUACAAUUGCAAAUAACAACCUAACAGCACUUGGCUAUCAAAUAGUGAAGAAAAGCAGCAAAUAUUGAAACAAACUACACAUUGUGUAUUGUCAUGAGAGUCUUAGAAAACUGAAGUGGAAGGUGUUUAUUGAGGUAGGAGACUAUUGUAAAUGGACAACUAUCAGAGUAUGUGUGGGAAUACCAUUAUGUCAUUAUAACCCCCUUCCAUUGUAUACAUGCACCUUUAGAACAAUUACUAAUAUCUAAGAUAAUCAUAAGGAAGCCAAAGUAUAAAGAAAACUAUAAAAAUGCA